AUGAGGAAACCAACGGGGAAUACCGUUUUGGAUCGACGUUGUGACCGUUUUAAAGGCUGCCAACAACAGGACGCCCAAGAGUUUCUUGUCGUCCUGCUCGACUUGCUGCAUGAAGAGCUGAAGUCUGACAGCCAUUUGGAUUCAGACCUUGCCAAAUUGGCUUGCAGGAAUAACACCGUCAUUACCACCUUGGCCAAUGAUGUAUCUGCAGCUGUACCUAUCAAGACUACUUUUGCCCUUACUUCUUCCCCCGACACAACCACAAGCCAUCAAACUCUCUCAAAAUCACAUUCUGUGCCUUUCACGUCUCCGAGCUUCACAGAAACGGCUUUGCUAAGGAGCCCUCGAAUUCGGUCCAGUGAAGCUACACCUGAUUUGGUGUUGGAUCAGCAGAAGGACCUAGAAGCCGCUAAAGAGGUGUGUUUUAAGUGGAUUGAUGUUGAAAUUAUUAAUCGUUUGACUUCUAGGCUGAUUUUAACCUAUUUUCCACAGGAUGCUGAUUGA